AGAGAGAGAGAGAGAGAGAGAGUGUGUUACCUGGGAACGGAGCAUUAGGGCAUUACCAUGUCGUACUUUAGAGACAUGUUUUGUUUUACAGCACUGAAUAGGUCAGAAAAGCUGAAAUAAAUCAGGCUUUCUGGAAAUUUUGAAGACAUCGGAAUAGAAUUUAAUUUGCAUUAGAUGACUAAGGGAUAGCACCCAUAAGGACAUAUAUCACAGACUUGCUUGUUCAGAAAGGUUAAAACACAUUUGCAAUAUUGGAACACUAUCAUUAAAAAAGAAAAAUAAACGACGUGAGACAGAGAGAAGUUAGUCACAAGUCCCUCCCAGCAAGUCACACCCAGAAGAGCUUACUCGCAAGUUAACAAAAAACACAAAAUGGAAAGGCAAGAAUUUCCAGAGUUUGAUCGUCCCUGGAGGACAGUAGACUGGGGUGGAAGGGACCAGAUGGAAACAUUCUUAAGACACUUUCAGAUCAGCAAUCCAGAGGUCAGUCAUCUAAGAAUCUUGCUACAUGGACCUACGGGGGCAGGAGUGUCAAGUUUUGUGAAUUCAGUAGGAAGUGUCUUCCAACACAGAAUUACAGUCAGAGCACCAGCAGCACCAAAAUCAAUGCCGCCUUGCACAAAAAGAUUCAAAUCCUAUGGAAUAAGAAGCUGUGAUGGUGGAAGGUUACCCUUUAUCCUGAGUGACGUGAUGGGUUCACAGGAUGGGGAUAAAUCUGGCAUUCAUCCAGAUGAUGUCAUCAACACUCUAAUGGGCCAUGUGCAAGAAAAUUAUGUGUUUAACCCCAUCUCUCCUUUGACUGCUGAAGAUCCACACUACAUUAGUAACCCUGCUCUGAAUGAUAAAGCUCACUGUCUGGUCUCCGUCUUGUCAGCAACACAUGUGUGUCUUCUCAACAACAGCAUUGCAAGAUCAUUAAGGUCUAUCAGGUUCAGAGCCAGUGAGCUAGAUGUCCCUCAUAUGGUUGUCUUGACACAUGUUGAUGAGGCGUGCCCAUUAGUUAGGAAGGAUUUAAGAGCCAUCUACGAAAGCAGGCAUGUUAAGGAAAAGAUGCAAUGUUGCAGUGACAUACUAGGCAUACCCCUGAAUCAGAUCUUUCCUGUCAAGAACUACCAUGAAGAGCUCGAUACAAACAACGACAUGGACGCACUUAUUCUUCAGGCGAUGAAGCAGAUUAUUAACUGUGCCACUGAUUACAUGAAUGAUCUUAGACAAUAAAUUUGAUAAAGACCUUCACAAAGACAUUCUCGUACAUUUAAUUUACAUGUAACUGACCCCUGUCUUUGGUAACAUCUGAGAUCAUAAAUGUUAUGAAGAUGUCUGAUACUUUUGAAGACACUGUAUGACAUUAAUAUUGAUAUAUAAUAUUGAAUCAGAGUUUCAUUGCUCUGGAUUGAGCAGUUUAUAUGAUGUAUCAUUUGUGAUGCUUUUAUAGAUUUUUAAUGUGAUCACAUCUGUAACAUUGUGUAAAGAGUGGAGGAUGCAGUAAAAUUAAGCAUUUGCAUA